UAGAAGGAUUAAAGAUAUGGGUAAAACGGGUUAAUCCUAUCUGAUAUCGCCUACUAAGUUCAAAUUGAAACGGAUACAUUUCUAUCAGCCGCGAUGACUUCAUCGAUUUAACUUGGAAAAUACAUGGUCGUUGUCAUGGAGAGUCCUCCGUUGUUGAAUUUUGUUAAUGCGACGUUCUUGAAAAUUCCGGAAAUCGUUAAUAAUGGCUGGCAGCAUUUUCCCCGAAGAAUUGGACUGUUUUGUGGAAAGUUUGAGACCAUUUCAGGUUGUGGACAUCGGAAGCGAUGGCUGGCUUCAACAGAACCAAACAGUGGUCAAGCUGGCACAGCAAGCCUAUUUUGAAGCAAACGGCAAACAUGAGGAAAUUAUUAAAGAACGUAUCCUCGUUGAAGGGAAAUUAACCAUUCUGGUUCACGAGAUCCAUUGCGUUUCUGUUUGGAAAAGUAAAAUCCUGAUCAAACUUUUAGAAGAACCUGAGUUGAGUGCCUCGUUUAUGAUCUACAGCGUGUUUUACUACGAAUUGAACAACCUUGCAUUGUUAGAGCUGAUUUUAUAUCACAAAGCUAGCUUCGAGAUGCUCGGAGAUUGUUUGCUGGACUUGAUCGAUUACUGUGCGCUUGCCAUCGGGCAGUUGAUAGGAUUAGUAAAUGAAAGGCGAUCCUGUGAGAAAUCGGAAAAUCUUGACACUGAAACGACUAAAGAAGAGCUACAAAGAAUGAGGGAGGACAUUGGUUUCAAGAUAGGACUAAAAUGUCUGAGUAUUUUUAGUUAUCUUACGCAAAAUUUGCAAACUCUUCCUCUGAGUGCAUCGACCCGAAUAACCAAAGUACAUGAUCUACCUUGUCUAGCCGUCGAAAUGCUUCAUUUGAAACCCUGGCUCAGAAACAACAAAGGUACCGAAAAGUUCGUAAACGAUCGCUGGAUUCCCCAUUGCGGUGAUGAAAUUUUUAAAUUAGCUCCAUCGGAAGCGCAAACUUGGAUCUGCCUCUAUAAUCUUCUACUCAGUUCGGAGACGAUGCAACAUUACGAAUUCAGUGAAUACAGGAAGCGAGAAAUUUCGAAAUGCAUCGCUUUGCUGAACGAACAGGUUCUCGAUCAGCUUCCGAUUUUGGUACACCUUAAGCAAUACCUUUGUUCAAUGCAGAUGCAGAAUGUUUCCGACUCAAAAAGAGGAACGGGUUUAUUUCUCGAAGAAAUCCCAGAAUUGAAAACAAAUUUAAUAAAUAAUGCCAAACAGUACGGAAUAAGUCGGAUUGUGCAAAACCAUAAAACCAUUUUUGUCACUUUGACACAAGAACAAAUCUUCGAAAAGGCUAAACGGUUGAAUGAUAUUUACAACACCGAGGUCCUCGAAGAGUUCGAUAACAGUUUUGUUCCGCCAACAAACUUCGAUGAGAUGUGUCAGAAAUGUAAAGCUAUUGCAACGAAAAAAUGUUCCAAAUGUCUCAAAGUACGAUACUGUUCGCGCGAGUGUCAAGUGUCGGACUGGCCACAGCACAAGGAACAGUGUCAUCAGAUCAAGUAAAAACGAAAUCGCAACUAAAGAAUUUAUCCACCACUUGUAUUCAUAUUUUCGGAUUCACCUCACCACACAUUAUGCGUUGUGUUAAACGUUGGCUUUUUAACUCGACUGUCGCAGCUGUUUCAUGUGUUCCCUGAUGACGUCAUGGGCUGGGGUUUCCUCACCGUAAGCCUGUAAACAACAAACGAUUUACGGAACCAUCUGACCGGUCUAGUCUAGAACUAAAACUUCAUGCAAACUAUAAAAGUCGAUCCGUUACGGCGCGUUCGUAAAUUGAUCUUUUUGGGUGAUGAUCAGUCCAUCGAUUUUUUUGUAGAUGUCAAAUCAGCUUCCAAAACUCAUUGCAUCCAGUUCGUUAUUAAUUUACGAACACCAGCAUCGAUUAAAAAUCAUUGGGAUAGAAAGAAUCAAUUUACGAACCCGCCCUAAAACAUCCAUGCAACCUAUAAGAUAUGUCUACCGUCCAAUUGUCAAUGAAUUGUAAUGUAAUGAUUUUCCAAUUUUGUUUCUUUAAAUAUUAUCAAUCAUUCUAAGUUCAGGCAACUUUCGAUUCAAUUGAUAAAAUAAAAUCGCUCUCCUUUAUGAUUAGAAAACUUAAGCGAUUUUUGUUUUGAGACGAAAUUUGUUGUUGGUAACAUGAGACAGUCUCAGUGUCUCCCGGAUAAAAUGGGAACCAUUGAAACCUUCUCGAGACCAGCUGUGUCCUAGCGUGGAAUAGUUUUUUAAUGUGAUUAUUGCUAUACACAACACCACAA